AUGGCUUCUAUUGCAUCUCAGGACGUCGCGGAUACUCCUCGACAGAUCCACCCCACUUUAGACGAACUCAAAGCAAGUGCUUAUGACAGUCCAAACAUUGAAGCAGCUCUCGAAGCCCUUCAUCAGGAUGGCUUCGUCGUUCUCAAGUCGGUCGUCGAUGUCGAUCAUGUCAAAAAUUUGAAUUCUUUCAUGGCGAAAGAUGCAGAACAUAUGAUCAAGAUCAAGCCUUUCAACCAGGGCGUCAAUUCGAACAUUCUUCAAGCUCCUCCCUUGAAGCAACCCGAACUUCUCUACAAUGAUGUCUUUUUCAACCCGUUUGUCAUUCAACUUAUGAAUGCAUAUCUCGGUUCCAAGCCAAUAUGGAAUUUCCUUACUGGUAAUAAUGCGCUUCCCAAGACAAAUGGACUCAGACAGCCGGUCCACAAAGAUAUCACUUUCUUCCAUCCUCAGUGCCCCUUCUUUGUAAUUGCAAACGUUCCACUUUGUUCUUUCAAUCCAAGUACCGGCUCGACCGAGUUUUGGCUGGGCUCGCAUGCUCAUACAGCCGGGAGACAACAAAAGAUCACUACCCCGGAAUCGAAGCUUGCUAAUGCGAGACUUGUGGUUGGAGACCCGAUGUGUGAUGUCCUCCCAGACGUGAUCGAGGAAAGGCGCAAGAUUCGACCUCCGAUUCAACCCUCGUGUGAGCCUGGCGAUAUCAUGUUGAGAGACCUCCGCACAUGGCAUGCGGGAAUGCCCAACGAAUCCGAGAACUACAGAAUCAUGCUAGCUUUGGGUUAUCAAGCACAGUGGUAUCCGAAUCAUACUCUGCGCGUCAAGCUGCCUCUUUCUCAAGGCAACUUCUUCAUGAAACACGGAGGACAGCCUGUUGAAGUCAGAGCUGAUCUCUUACCUGAUGAUGUGGACUUCGUGAAGCUGAAUGAUGACUUCACUUUCCGACGAUCAGAAGGAUCAAAACUUUGA